AACGGAGUGCUCUGGUGUCCAAACACAACGCAUACAACUUUGGAAAAUUUGGCCAGAACUGUGCCUUAUCUGGUCAGUCUGCCGCCGGCAGACUGGUCCGGUUUCCAUCCGUGUCCACACUGUCAGCCCAGUUCGACACUUCGUUUCAACUGGACCGAGAACUGUUGCAAUCUUUGUCGUCCAUUCGAGGAGAUUUCUGGACGAGAGACGUACACCUGGGUGUACCAUAGGGUCAAAGGUUGGAGUAUAUGCUAUAGUCAAAAUGAAGUCACCGUAUGUAAACGUCUGCAGUGUUCAUCCGAUACGGAACCAGAGCGCAUGGAGCAUAGCCAUUGUGAUCGAUUUCUCGGAAGACUUCGCGAAUCACAUGAUCUACAAGAGACUCAAAAUGUCUGCCCAUCCAGUGAUCUGGUCCGACUGGGAUUUGACUGUCUAGGCUGUGCUUGUGAGAAUGGAGCCUAUACGUGUACAUCGACUGGCACCGAAAAUGCCCGCGUGGCGUCGUCGGGGGAGUGGAACUUGCAGUGCAAUCGUACCAUGACCCGUGUUAUCGGACAAGGACUGCUUAUUCGCGUGGAAAACCUGUGA